AUGGCAAAUUCUUUUACCGAUAAGUCAUUGCACGAGAACUCGUCGCCAUCUCCUGUAGCCUCCAUCAGUUUCGACGGUUACAUCCAUCGUCUCCAUCAGCUUCGAUGGUCGCCUCCACCGUCUCCAUCAGCUUCGACGGUCGCCAUCUCCGGUAGCCUCCAUCAGUUUCGACGGUCGCCUCCACCGUCUCCAUCAGCUUCGAUGGUCGCCUCCACCGUCUCCAUCAGCUUCGACGGUCGCCAUCUCCGGUCGCCUCCAUCAGUUUUGACGGUCACCUCUACCGUCUCCAUCAGCUUCAAUGGUCGCCUCCACCGCCUUCCACAGCUUUUUUUUUCAAUCUCACAAGGCAGUGAAUCGAAGAAGUUGAUUGAGGAUCAUCUUAACAAGAUCAACAAACCUUUUGUCAAAUCGAUUCAUAGCCCAGAUGGUGAUAUAAUAGACUGUGUUUUGUUUCAUCUUCAACCUGCUUUCGAUCGUCUUGAGUUGAAAGCAACAGUGUCAUCGGAUCCACCAACAGAGCCAUCAAAUGAGCAGAGUAAAAAAGGAAUUGCAUCGGAACUGAAACAAAAAUGGAGUUCAAAAGGGGAAUCAUGCCCAGAUGGAACAAUCCCGAUAAGAAGAACUAGGGAAUAUGAAAUUUUUAGAUCCGUUCCCGUUUCUUAUUUUGGAAAGAGCAAUAGUGCAAGUAUCAAGACUAAUAAUAUCUACAAUGGUCAUGAGCAUGCGAUUGGGUAUGGAUUCGGCGAAUUCUAUGGAGCAAAAGCAACAUUAAAUGUCUGGGCUCCAAAUGUUUCGAAUCCAAGUGAAUUUAGUCUUUCACAUAUUUCGAUCAGUAGUGAUGUUCCAACUGAUAUUCUAAACACUAUUACAGCCGGUUGGCAGGUUAGUCCAAAGUUAGGUAAAGACAAUUCUCCUCGACUUUUUAUUUAUUGGACUAAGGAUGGGUCUCGAAGUGGAUGCUACAAUUUGUUGUGCUCGGGGUUCGUCCAAACAAGUAGUAAGAUCGCACUUGGAGCUGCUAUAUAUCCAAUAUCAACAUAUAAUGGUCAACAGUUCGACAUCAGUUUAUUAAUCUGGAAGGAACCGAAGUCUGGGAAUUGGUGGUUGAAGGUGGGAUCUAGUUUAGUGGGGUACUGGCCGGCAACUUUGUUUCCAAACCUUCAAGAAAAGGCAACGCUAGUUGAGUUUGGAGGAGAGGUGUAUAAUGGUCUACUAGGUCCACACACAUCGGCAGAAAUGGGAAGCGGCCACUUCUCGAAUGAAGGAUUCGGGAAAGCAGCAUAUAUUAGGAACCUGGAAGUGAUCGAUAGGAAACAUAAGACAAAUCCUUUGUCAAAAUUUAGCUUAUUGGCAGAAAAACGAAGCUGUUAUGAUAUUACAACUGGAUUUGCAGAUAACUGGGGUCAUUAUAUAUACUUCGGAGGGUCUGGAAAUGAACCAACAUGUACCUGA